AUGUGUCCAAGGUACAUUGACGAUGCCCAAGAGGUUGAUUUCAUCCGUAAGACUGCAGUAAUUGACAGAGAGGUCCAUCGUUUGAAUGGAGACAUCGCGGGACUGCAGGAGACGCGGCUUCCAGACGCGGGCUCUGUCAGGGAGGAUAAUUACACAUUCUUCUGGCAGGGGAAGUCUCAAGACGAGCCAAGACUUCAUGGCGUAGGAUUAGCUGUUAAAAACGCCCUCCUGGACUGUACUGUGCCACCAUGCGGUGGAACAGAGCGAAUUAUUGAUUUGAAAAUAUGCUCCUCAAGUGGCACUGUCAACAUCCUAAAUGUGUACGCUCCUACCUUAUCAUCCAGCAUGGAAGAGAAGGAUCUGUUUUAUGACUUACUCAGUGACAGAAUAGCCAAGGUACCUAGCACCGAGACACUGUAUAUUCUAGGGGACUUUAAUGCUAGAUUUGAAUCAGAUAACGACAUAUGGCCGAAUUGCCUGGGACAUCAUGGGGUGGGAAAAAUGAAUGAAAAUGGCCAGAGACUGCUUGAAGUUUGCUACUUUUAUGGACUCUGUAUCACAAACACAUAUCUCCAGCUUAAGGAUCAGGACAAGGUGUCUUGGAGACACCCGCGCUCUCAUCACUGGCAUCAACUUGACUUAGUCAUAGCUAGGCGUACUGGUCUUAAAAAUGUGCUACUGACACGAAGUUACCAUAGUGCUGAUUGCAUCACAGGCCACGCCCUAGUGGCGUGCACAUUGAGGCUCACUCCUAAGAAAUGUCACCACGCUAAACCGAGAGGUCAUCCCCAUAUCAACACAGAUCAUGUUGAUGACACACAAAGAAAGCAGGAUUUUGCCAGUAUACAGAAAGCGGCCGACUCUGGGAAUGUUAAGGCAAUGUACGAUGGUAUUAAGAAAGCAGUUGGACCAACUGUCAGAAAAACAGCUCCUCUGAAGUCCAAGACGGGUGAAGUCAUUACUGAUGAAGGCAAACAAAUGGAACGCUGGGUUGAACACUACCUCGAGUUGUAUGCAGCCGAGAAUGAAGUUAGCAAGGAUGCAUGUGACGCCAUCAACUAA